GCCGCCACACACUCUCUCUCUCCCUCUCUCUCUCUCUCUCUCUCUCUCUGCGACUGCAAUCUUCCCCUAUCCUGCUCUUUCAUGGUCACGGAUAACUCGCCGGCGGAAUUGGCUAUGGAUGUUGAGGCCCUCCUUCUUAUCAACCAAGGCGCCGAAGCCUUUUUUCCAGAGAGUUUUCGAGUCCUCCUUUGUGGGGAGAAGAUCCAUCAUCAAAGAACGCUUCUCCAAGAAAUACAGACACCCAUCUCUCGAUUCCAAACUCACUCUCAAACGCUUGAAUGCGGAGGCAAGGUGCAUGACAAAGGCAAGGAAGCUUGGGGUUCGUACUCCACUCCUCUAUUCCGUGGACCCUCUGCUUCACACCUUGACGCUCGAGUACGUCGACGGCGUCUCUGUCAAAGACAUUUUCCUUCAGUUUGGGGCAAAUGGGAUCUUCCAAGAACGAUUGGAUGAUAUAUCCUCCCAGAUUGGGGAUGCAAUUGCCAAGCUUCAUGAUGGUGGUCUUGUUCACGGUGACUUGACCACAUCUAACAUGUUGAUGGAGAAAGGCACAAACCAAUUGGUGCUAAUUGACUUUGGCCUGAGUUUCACAUCGACCUUGCCGGAAGACAAGGCUGUUGAUUUGUAUGUGCUGGAAAGAGCUUUGCUUUCAAUGCACUCUUCUUGUGGGAAUGUGAUGGACCGGAUACUUGCAGCGUAUAGGAAGUCCUCAAAGCAAUGGUCGUCGACAUGGAACAAGCUGGCCCAAGUAAGGCAGCGAGGGCGAAAGCGGACUAUGAUCGGAUGAAUUGGUAAACCGGUUACAGUAUGCCAAAAAGCAUAGGAAUGGAUUGUGGAGCAUUUGAUUAAAAUGCAUUAGGUUUAUUUUAGCUAAUAUGUAUCCUUUAUCAGUUCUGAACUACUUUGGAAACCCCGGUUGUGCAUUAUAUUUAAUCGAAAUAUACUUGUGGGGAAAUUGGAGGACCCCGAAUGGUUGGGCAUU